AUGCCUCCAAUCCGCAACCCCAUCCUGCCUGGCUUCAACGCCGACCCCUCCAUCCUGCGCGUCGGUGAGGACUACUACAUCGCGACCUCGACCUUUGAGUGGUUCCCUGGCGUGCAGAUUCACCACUCCAAGGACCUGGCGAAUUGGGACUUGGUCUGUCGCCCGCUGUCGCGCAAGUCUCAGCUCGACAUGCGAGGCGACCCGGACUCGUGCGGAGUGUGGGCGCCGUGCCUGACGCACGAUGGCGAAAAGUUCUGGCUCGUCUACACAGACGUGAAGCGCAAAGACGGCAGCUUCAAGGACGCACACAACUACAUCGUGCACAGCGCGCGCAUCGACGGGCCGUGGAGCGACCCCGUCUACGCCAACAGCAGCGGCUUCGACCCGAGCCUGUUCCACGACCCCACCACGGGCAAGAAGUGGUUCGUCAACAUGCUGUGGGACCACCGGCGGCGCGGCGGCCUGCUGGGCAACUCGGCGUUCGCGGGCAUCGUGCUGCAGGAGUUUGAUCCCGCGCAGGGCAGGCUGGUCGGCCCUAAGAAGAACGUCUACCCGGGCACAGAGCUAGCCCUUGUCGAGGGCCCGCAUCUUUACUGGCGGGAUGGGUGGUAUUACCUCCUUACUGCUGAGGGGGGCACGGGGUAUGAGCAUGCGGUUACGCUAGCGAGAGCUAAGGAUAUCUGGGGUCCGUAUGAGGACCACCCGAAUAAGCAUGUUCUUAGCAGCAAGGAUCACCCGCAUGCGGCGCUGCAGCGGGCUGGCCAUGGGGACUUCGUCGAGACGGCUGAUGGGAAGACGUAUCUUGUUCACCUAUGCGGACGGCCGACCACGCAGAACAGGAGGUGCGUCCUCGGAAGGGAAACGUCCAUGCAGGAGUGCUAUUGGGGAGAUGACGGAUGGCUGUAUGUCAAGAACGGACCAGUGCCGAGCUUGUGGGUUGAUGUGCCCGGGGCAAGGGACGAGGAGAAGUACUGGUCAGAGAGCAAGUACACAUUCGACGAUCUGCAUAAGGACUUUCAGUGGCUGAGAACGCCUGAGCCAGAGAGGAUUUUCAAGGUCGGCGGCGGGAAGCUUACGCUGUACGGCAGGGAGGCCAUUGGCAGCUGGUUCGAGCAGGCGCUGGUCGCCAGGCGGCAGACACACUUCAGCUACGAUGCCGAGACUGUCAUUGAUUUCCACCCUGAGGACGAGCGGGAGUUUGCGGGGCUGACGGCGUACUACUGCCGAUACAAUUUCUUCUACCUCACUGUGACGGCCAACUCGGAUGGAGAGAGGGAGCUACUCCUCAUGAUCUCAGACGUGUCGUGGCCGGAUGGGAAUCUGGAGAAGCAGCCUCUGCUUCAGCCGGUGAAGAUCCCGAAGGAGGGCAAGAUCAAAUUAGCGCUCACAAUCCGCGGGCCGAAGCUGCAAUUCUUCUACGCCCUCGAAGGUGAGGAGCUGAAGGAGAUUGGGCCCGUACUGGAUGCUUCGAUUUUGUCUGAUGAAUGCGGCGGACACCAAACGCACGGCUCCUUUACCGGUGCAUUUGUUGGUGUGGCAUGCUCGGAUCUGAACGGCACAGCAAAGGAGGCAACAUUUGAUCAUUUUGUAUAUCGACCUGUGAAGCACGAGUCUGAUCGUUAUGAGAUCUGA